AUGGAUUGCUCUUCCAGACCAGCCAGUAGUCCUUCCCUCCAGACCGACAGGUCCUCCGCCGAGGGUCUUGAUUCCCUCCGCAAACGUUCCGCCACCAGUUUCGAGAGGAGAAAUGUUGAUCGGCCCAAGGCUGAUCCACGCUUCUACUCGGGAAGGAACCCAGUCCCGAGGAUUGACUCUCUGUGGGACAUUUAUCCGCAUCGGCAGGCCAGUCCGGACAAUCAGCUGGAGGAGGAGAGGAGGAGAAGGAUAGAGGAGCAUUCUAUCCUGGUUUCCGAUCCGAUUACCGGGGAAGAGUGAGUUUGUUUCCUCCACGUUCACUUUCUACGGGCUUGGCUUGGCUGAUCCGGGGGUGAGUUUGGUGCCGGUAGCAUCAAAAUCUGUGAUGCUAAAUAUGCUCCUCCGAUCGAAAUUCCACGAACAGCCCCGGAUGCCUACCCGCCAACGUUAUGGUCCCAAUUUAUGGAAGAGGUGGCCCCCGUCAUUCCCUUACCGCUCCGCCGCACUCUUGCUGACCUUUGCAGUUCCGGAGCUUCACGGUAAAGUAUAUGGCCUUCAUAGCAUCGGUGUUUGUCCUUCUCAAUGGUGUGCUUCGCCUGCCGUAUUCGGUAUCCAUCUUCAUCGCUAUCGGAAGUGCUGUGUCGUGGUGGCGGCGCGUAGAGGGCCUAUGGGCGGACGUGGUGUUUUAUGAACAAUCCGAUCGCGGGAAUCAGGUUUGCUACCCGCACUGCCUUGUGGUGGAUUUUGGCUGACUGGUUUGACUAGAGGAUGAACUCUCCCGGCCUGGAGGGAAGCGAAACGGUGGAAUGGCUCAAUGGUACCAUCUCGAAGCUGUGGCCACAAAUCAAUGCGGACCUCUUCUCUACUGUUGUCGACCUGAUCGAGGAUGUUAUGCAAGCGUCGUUGCCUCCUGUGGUAAACCAAGUGAAGAUCACGAGUGUUGGCCAGGGCGCCACACCAAUUCGUAUCCUAUCUAUGAGAUGGCUCAAUGAGGGUGGUGCAGGGGGCGCAAAUGAGAGAUUGGGCGAGCAGGAAGAGGUCGGUGAAUGGGCCUCCUUGGAAGUUGCUUUUGCCUACAGAGCGAGUCCGAGUAGUAGCGACGCGGCAAGCAAGGCAAAGAACGCAAGUUUAUUGAUCCACCUCACGUUGGGAGUGAAGGGGGUUUUGGGAACACCUAUUCGUGAGUUCCUUUUUUCCGCAUCUUUGCAUUCACGAAUUCGGCUAACGAGAUCCAUCAGCCGUAUGGGUUGAGCUUCGUGGUUGCACCGGGACGUGUGAGGCUCGCCUUGAUUCUGAAUCCUGCUCAUUAUUGCUUUUUCGCUCAUUCUUUCUAGGUCGCCUGAAACUGCAAACUAUCCCUGACCCUCCCUUCAUAAAACUCGCAACCUUUACCCUCCUCGGGAUGCCAAAGAUCGAGAUAGCUGCCGUCCCGCUGAAUCAGCGAUUUCUCAAUGUCAUGAACCUUCCGCUUAUCAGUGACUUUAUGAAUUCUGCCAUCCGCGCCGCCGCUAAAUCAUACGUUGCGCCGUCGAAUUACACCUUUGAUGUUUCCAAGAUCCUUACCGGGGAUGACAUCAAGAAGGACACCAACGCUAUCGGAGUGCUCGUAGUGCAUAUACACUCGGCCGAAGCUGUAAAGGCAGCUGAUCUGAACGGCAAGAGCGACUGCUAUGUAACAUUGAGCUACUCAAAAUUUGCGAAGCCCCUUUGGUCUACAAGGAUAAUCUUUGGUGAUUUGAGUCCUGUAUGGGACGAAACUGCAGUGGUGCUGGUUAACGCCGAUGAGGUGAAGGCGAAUGAGAUGUUGAGUGUGGAGCUAUGGGAUUCGGAUAGGUUUACAGCGGAUGAUAUGGUCGGUAGAACGGAUGUUGAUGUCACGGAUUUGGUGAGGAAUCGGGGAAAGGUUUACGAGAGAAGGGAUAGUUUGCGGGGGUUUGAGAGGGGGCGAACAGUGCCGGGCCAUUUAAUCUGGUCGGUGGCAUUUCAUGGGAAAGCCGAGUUGAGCGGAAACACUGGCACUGAUGGCACUGAUGAGAGGCUGCCGGAUGAUAUGAAGGUGAGUUGCCCCAAGCCUGUUCACCCGGUUAAUGGUUGAUUAAUGGAAGCGAAGAGCCAUCCCGACUUCAGUUCAUCCCCCGACAGUAAACCUAUGGCUAGGGAUUGUCGUGCAACCCAUGUUCCGCCAGCGCCGUUUCUCCCUUCAGGCAUUCUUUCCGUCCAGAUCCAUAACAUUGUCGCCCUCGAAAGCCACACAGUUAGCGGCACAAAGUCCCAUUCCAACCCUCACCUCCGGAAGGAGCAAACCCAGGCGGUUGAGGAGGAGGAAUCCUCCAAUCUUCCGUCGGCGUACUGUUCAAUCAUUCUUGAUUACCAGAAGAUUUACAAGACCCGCGUGAAGCCGAUGACUAGCAAGCCGUUUUUCAACGCCGGUACCGAAAGGUUUGUCAGAGACUAUAGGGAAAGCACUGUGCUGGUUGUUGUUGAAGAUUCGAGGAAUAGGGAGAGCGAUCCCAUAUUGGGAGCGGUGGAAUUGAAGUUGGAUAAGGUAUUUCAGAAUUCGAGUGUCAUCUCGAGAUAUUAUCCUAUCCAGGGAGGCGUGGGCUACGGAAAGAUUAGGAUAUCAUUGCUCUUCCGCUCGAUCGAUAUCUCGCUACCGAAACAGAUGUUGGGAGCAGACAUUGGUUCGGUGGAGGUUGUAUCACGGUUCAUUUCUGCGCAGGAUAUCACUGACGGGCAAGUUGCGGGUGCUGGAUGUCUUACGUUUCGAACAUCGCUCAGUAAGAGAGACGCGCACCAAGCUGUUGCGAUUUCCGCCACUCCUGGAUGGUCCCUGGAGGAUAAACGCUUUCGUCUGUCUGUUCGACAUCGGUAUUCCGUGCCAUGCAUACUUUACUUUAUUAGGGAUUCUGUAGUCCGGCGCGGUAAAUGUCUUGCAGUCGCUCUGCUUUGGUUGAAGGAUAUUCCGGAUGACGAGGAGACUACAGUUCGGUUAGGCGUUUACCAGCCAGAGGACAUUGACCGCUUCGUCCAGAAUUGUGGAAGCGCACUGGGUGCCGGGAGAUGUGUUGGAAGCGUGGUAUUAACCGUCCGGUUCCGAAGAGGCCUUACACCAGCGCAUCGAAAGCUCGAUGGAAUGGACGACAUAUGUCGUGCAGUGAAGUGCGUCGGCCACCACCACGUUCACGAUGAUGCAUCGUCGGCAAGCAGCGGUAGCUCCGGUAACAGCAGUGGAGAGGACACAGGCAGCGGUGAAGAAGCGAGUGAAGGGAGGAAUACGAUAGGAGGCAUCAAACGAAGGCUAAGCCGUAAGAAGGAAUCGAUCGGAGAAUUGCACAGACGGGAGAGGGGUGCCAUGCAGUGGAAGGGGGCCCGAACGUUAGCAUGGGUUGGGAGGGGCGUGGUAGGGAAAGGGAGGGACUUAAAGGGUAAAUUCGCGAUGGAGCCCAGAAGACCAGGUGUAGAAACUGAGGUUUCGUGA